AUGGCUUCUAUGAAUGAGGGCCCAUUGAGCAAGAACCAGGCAACCGUGAGCGAGACAGUUAUUUGUUCCAGCCGGGCUACUGUGAUGCUUUAUGACGGUGGCAAUGAGCGGUGGCUACCUGCCCACACCGGUCCCCAGGCCUUCUGCCGUGUCCAGAUCUACCACGCAAUCAACUCCUUCCAGGUUGUCGGAGGCAAGAUGCAGCCCGGCCAGCAGGUGCUCAGCAACUGUGCCAUCGUCCAGGGCGUCAAGUAUAAUCAGGCCACCCCCAACUUCCAUCAGUGGCGAGACGCCCGCCAGGUCUGGGGGCUCAACUUCGGCAGCAAAGAAGAUGUGGUGCAGUUCGCGGCUAGCAGGGCCCGAGCUCUAGAGGCCUUGGAAGGAGGUGGGCCUCCUGCAACCCCAGCACCGCUUGCCUGGGCUCGCUCCACCCGGGAGGAGGUGGAGCCCCAGAAAAGGCAGGGGCCCAGCCAGCCCGAGCUUGUGGGGAGGAAGCGCUGGGUCGCCAACGCAGGAGGCCCACCCGUGCCCCCGGUGGGGGGACCACCCCAGCCUCCAGGACCUCCCUGUCCUCCAGGUCCCUCCCCACCAGGUCUGCCCCAGUCAGGGGUCCUGGCUUCAAGGCAUGGAGCAGGAGGAGGCCCACCAGCCGUGCCCACUCUCUCUGCAGCACAAUGCCGGAAAGACUGUGGGGCUCGAGCCCCUGGCUUGGCUGCAGCCAUUUUGGGAGCCAAACUCAGGAAAGUCAGCAAGCAGGAGGAGGCCUCAGGAGGGUCCGUGGCCCCCAAAGCUGAGAACAGUGGAAGCACAGGUCCAGGGCUCAUGGAGGAGAUGAACGCCAUGCUGGCCCGGAGAAGGAAAGCCACACAGGCUGGGGAGAAACCCAAAGAAGAACCUGCCAGUCUGCAGGAGUCAGAGGCCAGAAGCCCAGCCCAGAGUGAACCUGUGCAGAGACCCUGGGAGAAGAACAGCACGACCUUGCCAAGGAUGAAGUCCUCAUCUUCCGUGACCGCUUCCAAGGCCCAGCCUUCCAGGCACAGCUCUGGGCAAGAGUCAGACCUGGAGAGGGUGAAACGGGAGCUUCUGGAAGAGGUGAGGAAGGAAUUACAGAAGGUUAAAGAGGAGAUCAUUGAAGCCUUUGUCCAGGAGCUGAGGAAGCAGGGUUCCCCCUGACCACAGGAACCCCCGAAGCCCAUUCCUCCUUUCCACACCCCGCCUAUAACCUGCCUCUACUUGACAUGGAAUUGACUGAAGACUAUGCAGGAAUGAACACCUUCUCCCCUCCUAUCCCACUUAGAAAUUCCAAGGGGUGUGGUUUCCCCCGGCACCAUGCCCAUAUCUACGCUGGCUUAUUGAUUAGCUGGGGAGGCCCCCACCCUUUGCUCCCUUUGGUCCUUCCCCACUGCUAUCCCCUUGGGGCUGGUUCCUCCGCUGGGGAUGUACCAAUUAACCCCACAGUAAGGGGGAAGGAAGGAGGGAAUUUCACAUUCCCUUGUU